UCUUCUAAUUUUGUGUCUAGUUUUCCCCUAGUGUCUUUUGCAUGAUUCCGGCAAAUAUUUUCGCUACGUUAUAAUUCCUAUUUGCGAAUCCUUGUUGCUGUUGUUGCCGAUUUGCAUAAUGAAUUAUAUUAGAUCUUCAAGCUUCAACUCGUGACAAAAAAGCACUAGAGAAGUGCUGCUAUUGAUAAUAGCAAUAAUUUCAAAACUACAACAAAUACUGCUACCAUAAAAGUGGAUUUAACUGAAAACAAAUUCAAUUAUCAUAAAUCUAAUAAAUAAAACCAAAACAAGGCAAUUCAAUAGAUCAGUGCUAAAAAUAGUAUUCAUUCUCUUGCGUCGUAAACAAAUUUAUAAAAUUAAAAACAUGUAGUUUUUUUAAAUAAACAAUUAAACAAAUUGUAUAAUUAUAUUUAGGCAUUGACAAUGACAUAAAUUGAUGAAUUGAAAGUUCAUAUUCCACUUUUUAUAUUACGGAUUAAAAUACCAUAUUAAUUAUUUAUUAUCGUCCAGACAUCCACUCGUAUUCUAUAAUUAUUUAGUAUAAGAGACAGUUAUAAACUUGUGAGGUGUAUUUAAAUGCAUAUUUUGGUAAUAUUUUUCUUGUUUUUCCUUGAAGAACAAAAAGCGUCUGUGAUACGACAUGAUUUGGUAUGCACGGAUUUCAUAUCGUAUCGAAAUGCCAACAAUAACACCAAAUGUUUCUACAAUCCGGAUUUGGAUUCCACACCAGAAAUAUUGAAUGAUAGAUAUGGAUUUGAUUUAAAAAAGCACACUGUUACUACAGAAGAUGGGUAUAUCCUAACAAUUUUUCAAUUAAGCUUGCAACAUGAUAACAAAAAUCAAAAAUCACCAGUGAUAUUACAACACGGAGUUUUAGUAGAUGGUAGAUCUUGGUUUAUUUCUGGUCAGAAUUCAUUAGCAUUUGUAAUAGCAAGGAAUGGUUUUGAUCUGUGGAUUCCAAACUUUAGGGGGACUAAAUAUUCAAAAAUGCACUUAAAUUCAUCAAUAAGUCAAGAGGAGUAUUGGAAUUUUAGCUUUCACGAAAUGGGUUUGUACGAUUUGCCAGCAAUAAUAGAAUAUAUUUCUAAUAGUACAAAUCGUAAGGAUAUUCUUUAUAUAGGACAUUCAAUGGGCUGCUCCGCCUUCAUGGUUUAUUCAUCCCUGAAAAUGGAUCAUGCACAAAAUCAUAUAAAGGGAGCACUGUACUUAGCACCCGUAGUUUAUUUCGAUAAUCCUCCACCAGUAUUACGAGUAAUACUUCCUUUUACUAAUUUAAUUAAGAACACCCUCAAUUUGCUUCACAUAUAUGCUAUAGGACCAGAAAGCAAAAACUUAUUGAAGGGCUUCAACUGUUCAAGUUACCCUAGCGUUGUCGCAUGUCAGUUUGGACUAGCAAUUGUAAGUGGAUUUGUAGCCGAACAAGUUAGACCAGAGCUGCUGCCGCUGAUUAUGAAGUAUUUUCCCACAGGAUUAUCUUUAAAAACUUUAGUACAUUUUGCUCAAAUAAUUAUUAAUCACGGUAGAUUCCAACAAUACGAUUAUGGAAAAAUUGAAAAUAUGGAAAAGUACAAAUCUGAGCUACCGCCAAAUUAUGAAAUAGAAAAAAUUAAGAUACCCAUCUACAUUUUUGCAGGUGCACAUGAUCUUCUAUCUGAAAUAAGAGAUGUGAAUAAAUUAUAUCGGCAUAUUAGAGCACCAAAGAAGAUACGUAUCUACGAUCUUUCACAUGUGGAUUACAUAUAUGGAAAAAAUGUUACCAAAGUGUACAAAGAUAUUUUAGACACACUCAAUUUUUUUGUGAAUGAUGACCACAAAAUAUAAAUAUAAAAAAUGGACUCUUUUAUUUUUAUG